CAUUUUCUAUUUUUGGACUUCCGGAUUUUCCCGCUAGUGAAAUACACAUCGCGAAUGCAUAAAUACUGCUGUGCGUGAUAUAUGCUUAGUUAAUUCCAUGUUUUGCAUUGAUGUAGUUUACAUUACAAACCAAUAUACAAUUUGAGGGGAAGGUAGAGCUGGGAAAAAACAAUGGAAGUUGAUGAAAAAGCAACAGAUUUUGAUGCUUGUCGGCAAGCAGCGUUGGCGUGGUUGGAGCACCAUUCAAAACCAUGGCAACUUCUUUGGGCAGACGAAACGGAAAGACAACUGGUUUUUGAGCAUCGGACCGGAGGCAUCUCUUUCAACAUUGUGGUUCAGUCGUCGGCUGCUGAAAAUGGUCAGCGGUGUUUUAAGGUUGCAAGUGAUAAUGACUCGGCCUGGCAAUUAUUAAAAGAAUGCCAAGGAACCAGCAUACAGGAAUGUCUGGAACAAAGUACUGCAGCAUUGCAGCCUCUCGUUGGUUCUCAUAAUACGGGGACUGAGGAUGAUGAAGGAGUUGACGAAGACGACGAUGAUGAGGAUGAAGAUGAUGAUGAAAACGAAGAUUGGUACUAUGAAAACAACGAAGACAUGAUGGACACAGAGGAACCUGAAAAGGUCAAUCGCGUUUCUCCUGAGAAAAGAAAAUCACCAGAGGAACACGGUGACACUUCAGAUGUAGAUUUCGAGAUGUACGCUAAGUUUGGCUCCAGGAUGGCCGUGCGUCGACUGCUGUCCGAUUUGAAAAUGUUCAAGCGUUCCGAGAGUGCUAACGGCAUCCAUGGAAGCCCAAGAGGCGACAAUCUCUUUCUGUGGGAUGUGCAGAUGACAGACUUCGAGCCCAAGUCUGUCCUGGGCAAAGACCUGUGCAAGUACGCUGACAAGUACAAGCAGAAGCUGGAGAUUCAGCUGGAGAUGUCCUUCCCGGACGACUACCCGAUGGCGCCGCCUUUCAUCAGGGUCGUCAGGCCAAGAUUCAAGUUCUUAACAGCACAUGUGACAAUAGGGGGCAGUAUUUGUAUGGAACUACUGACCAAGUCAGGUUGGCGACCGACCAAUGACAUAGAGAGUAUUUUGGUCCAAGUCCGAUCCGAGAUUGUUUCGGACCCAAAGGCUGCCUUGGAUAUGGACAGGGCCAACCGAGAGUACACCAAGACAGAAGCAGAGACAGCUUUCCACAGAAUGGUGCAACGUUACGGAUGGAAUAAAUGAAUCAGUCAUGACAGUAGUGCUGUAGAUGAUUCCACCACAAGUCCAUUCACAAGUUCAUCACAAGUCUGAAGUAACAGGUGGCAAACAGUAACAAGACCGUGCCUUUUUCACAGUUUAUUUUUGAUAACUUGGUGCAUGACUUGAGGAUGGAAGACUUGUGACGGACUUGACUAGAACACUGCAGAAAUAAGAAUUCUCCCAAAAUGCCACAUCUUUGAAUCCAAGCCGGUUAAACCAGAAUAUUUAAUGAUGGAUUCUACAGUUCGUCAAUUUAUUUUUUAAAACAAAAUAAUGGACAGACCCGGAAUUUCAAGCAAUGAACUGCAGUGGCUGUCAGCUUGUUUGCAGCAGACUCGCUAUUUUUUGUUGUUUAACCAGAAAUUUAGUUUCAGACGAGGAAAUGUUGUACCGGUGUUUGUUACAACAAGAUGGUUCUCGACAGCACCCAUAGCGCAUUAGUACAAUGGCAUUGUAUCUGAUGUUGCAGCUUUAUUGUGUAUACACAUGUAUUAGGAACCUGUGAUAUAGACCAUUAUCAUGUUGCGGCCAUCUUGAUUUUUCCCCAUUCAAACCAAAAAGCGAGGCUGGAAGGAAAAAUAGUCUGGUUCCUUUUUGCACAAAUAACAUUAUCAUUCAGUACUGUUAUUGGAUACAGGGAACAUGACUGAAAUGGUGGCAGCAUGAUAAAGGUCUAUAUCAGGUUUGAUUUUAUCUGAGUAUUAGUUAUCUCCAUGAUAGUUUUCAAGGGAUUAGGGAAAAAACACCAUCAGUUUAUCCUGAAGGGGAAACUUGCCCCUUCUUCAAGUAUUUUUACAGACAGGGAUGUAGUCGAGUCCAUCACAAGUCCCUGCAAGUCCAUCACAAGUCCUCCAGUCCCAAUUCAACUCACAAGCUAUUCAAAUGAGCUUCGACAAAGGCAUUCCCUUGUAAUUUUUCAUCCACUGUUUCGUGUGACUGGCGUUGUGAAUGGACUUGUGAUUUAUGUGGGAUGGUCUUGUGAUGGACUUGACGACAUCGCUGUCUACAAUUUUGUUUUAUACUUGAUCCGUCUAUCAUUCCAAACAACUGUGCCUAUUGUGUAAGGCCUUACUGCGUAGAAACAACUUCACCAGAAAUCUUUCACCUUUUUUUAUGAGCCCGAUAUUGGGCCGAUGCAAUGCUCUCAGUUCAGAGCUGUAACAUUCCAUUAGCUUGCAAUCUCCAAUAUUUGAAAUUUCAUUAUUUUCUUGGGGAGGCCCUUCCCCAACACUAGAAAAAAAGGAUCCGUGCCUUGGGCAUUGUCAAUGAAUGGCCGUGUUGUAUAUAAUUCUAUCCCCCCCCCCAAAAAAAUUAGGCAACGCCCAUGACCUUAAGUGUAGAGAUGUGCAUCGGAACCGGGUACCGGACCGUUAAUGUCAGGAACUGGUUCUAGAUUAUGGGAUCAGGUACUCGUAACCAACUUUGCAAAUUUCAAAGUAACUUCUCAGUCAAUGAAACAGAAAGGUUUCGAACGUCUGUGGGAAAUUUUCAAAAUGAAAAACAGGAUACAUGGAAAACCAAAACCACGUUUUAUGAUGCUUGCGAAAGUUGCAGUUUGCAACACAUAGCUAAAGAGCUCACUGUAUACACCCUAUCUAGGCGUGUUGUCGCUCCGAUGUGGUAGUAUUAUUGUGCGGACCUUUAUGAACAAUCUGAACAGCAACUUCCCAGAUUUGAAAUUUUGGCUUGGGUUUCUUUAACGGGUAGCCGG